CCCCCCCAAAAAAAAAAAAACAGAUGAGCGAAUCAGCACGUGAAUCUGGAAUGAUUGACAGUUGUGUAGGUGUUCUGAAUGUCUCACAUCAGUAAUGUCUCACCACGUCUUGAAAGAGGAAUCUUUACUGUCCACUCACUGUACUUCGUAUUAUGAUUGUUUUUUUUUUUUUCAACACUAUACAUGCAGACCAUUAGAUUUAGUGGUGUAAAAAAUGGUUUUGUUCAGCAGAUGUCAGUAUAGAUCUCAGUGUCAAAUGCAGCAAUGCUCCAAAUAAUAUUUGCUUCAGGCGUGAUAGUCACAAACACUUCGUUCUGUCCGUCAGUGAUAGUAAAUUUGUUCCCUCAAGAGGAUCAUGUGACUGAGAUUACUAAAUUGGAUUGGUCAAGUGACUCUUCUGAGUAAAUACAUCAACUUGGUCAUAGCCAGCAGAUUCCAGAGCUUUUUUUCCCAACUGCAUGUCAAAAUAUGGUAAAGAUAUGCACAGAAGCAUUGUUAUUUCCUAAAGUAACAGUCACACAGUAAGUAAAUCAUUCGGUUUUUUUAAAAAAAACCAAAACCAAACAAACAAAACAACUAAUCGUGCAUCUUCUAUUUGUAUAUCUAUAUGUUUGUGCCAGUUUAGAACACAUUAUUCAUUCCCAAAUAGUGUAUUCAUAUUUUUUUUAGAUCCCUAGUACUGAAAUCAUGGUUUUUAUAGCUGACUGUAGUCAUGGAAGGAGAUAAUUGCUAACAUGUGCAUUGUACAGAGGUUAAAAUGACACAUCGUUUGGCCCUGGCUGCUGAUCUCAGCUCUGUACUGGGGGUGACGUAUUGAAAACCCCCAGCAUUUUGACAAUCACUUUCAUACAUUACACUUUUCUUGGAUUCGGUUACCAUUGUACUUGAGUCAGCUUGGCAUGAAUGAGUUGGUGGUGUGUAUUUGUCUUGGCUUGGAAGUCUGGCAUGUGGUUAACAGUUACCGCCCCAGCAGAUUUAAUGUACAUGAUAAAACUUGGAGUGAGAUCCAAGGGUCUUGUUGGUGAUGUUCAUGUUCAAUGUUUCUCACAUUGACCACUGGUGGGGGUGUGUGUGGGUGUGUGUGUGUGUGUGUGUGUGUGUUGGGGCCAUAUGAAGCGUUCAGCUUGAUGCCGGCUAGCCAGACAAUUAGCAUUGCGUUGCAUGUGCAUUGUUCAUGUCAUGUCAGAGAAAUUAGCAUGCAGUAAAUAAAGCUGUACACAUGCACAUGGGUGGGAUUUUGUUCUAUUCUAAUACUAAAAAAAGUCUAUUGAAACACUCAAUACUAAACACCUGAAUGUUUUGCCCAUGGACUUUGUGUCACUUACAGGGAAAGUGGUGGACAAAAACAAAAUAUUUAUGCUCUGUAAGCGCAUAGCCGUAAGCCAUAAAUGAACACCUGCGCUGACGGAGGAUUUAGCUCUAGUUUAUUAUUCUUAAUAUGAUAUUACAUUUUUGCAUUACAUUGCCAUAGAAGUGAGUCAAAAUGACUUCUGCCUUUCAGACUUAACCCUGAUCGCUCAUUUCGUGUUCCUAGCUGGUUUUCCAUGACCUUUUAUGGAGUUUUGUGGGUGUCAAUAAAUGCAAAUGAGCUGUGACAGGAAGCUCAGGUGAUCAAAAUACGCAUGCAUGCAUGAAGAAUGAAGAGUUUGCAAAACUUUUGUAGAUCCAGCGGAAAAUCUUAGUUCGGUUUAGCUUGCGCAAACAUUUAGGUGAGUUUUCCCCUUGGUUUAUGCAAUAUGAACAUAGUGUAAGGUAUAUAAUAUUAAAUGUAUAUAAGGUGUGGAAUAUUGAAGGCCACUGAAUGCACUUGAAUACUAAGAAACAGCACUGGCGUUCGUCUGUAAGACACACCUACAUAAACAAAUGGGCAUGCACACACACGAUGUUUGCUUUUGAAAAUCUGUCUGUUUAUAAGCUGUUCAUAAGUGGUAAUGGGUUGGACUGCGUAGUCUAACGGAUAAAUCGAUUGUAAAAGAGCUCUCUCAGGGGCAAUCCCGCUGACCACAGAUCAGCUCGGCUCGGUUCUCCACACAGAAGCCGCACUGUGUUUCAGAGCAGAACGGCUGUCAUUAGAUCAGCUCUCAGCACCGUUUAACAACGCCUGUGUGCUUCACUGACACAGAGACGGAUUCAUCCCCAGCUUACAUAGACACUGCACUGUAUGUGUCCAGUAGCGAUCUGAUCUCAGGACAGUCUUUCUUUUCUUCCUGACCCACAUUCCUGUGCUUUAAGGAUAUGCGGGGAUCAUCUGGGACUCCCCUCAAAACCCGCCUUUCACACUAGUGGGUUCUCACUCGCGUUCAGAAAUGCUAGAAACUGGUUUGUGGGUGUGAGUUAAUCCCAGUGUGUGUGUGUGUGUGUGUGUGUGUGUGUGUGUGUGUGUGUGUGUGUGUGUGUGUGUGUGCAGACACGGACCGUGACUCUGGCUAUGAUGAAACUUCUGUCUCAUGAACAGUCUGAUGAUGAGCAGGAGGAUUCUGUGAAAUUUAAGAGGCUUCACAAACUGGUCAACUCCACUCGCCGCGUCCGCAAGAAACUCAUCAAAGUAGAUGACGGCAAAAGGCAGGGAUCAGAAGACUCUCUGAGCUUGGAUGUGUCCCCUUCGUGUGAGGACACUAGUGCCCUAUAUGCAGGCGUGAAUAAAAAAGGCACCCGCUGCAUGGUGGACUCGUCGCUGUCCUCUCUGACCCAAGAUCAGCUCUCAGUGGAUGGAGACAGGGACAGUUUAAGCACGUCUCCGUCCUCUAGCAGCUUGGAGGCCUGGAACUCUGCACACAGGCUGGUAAAGCCUUCAACUAACCCACACAGCCUGGUCCGGCCUCUAGCCAGCACUAGCACCGAGGAUGAGCCUGAGACCAGGAAGACGUCCGUGUCUCACGGGAGGACGUGUAGCUUUGGGGGUUUCGAUCUGUCCAACCGAUCACUUCAUGUGGUCAGCACGGCUUCUGAACCUCAUGAGCAGGAGGCUCUGUACAGGGAUGUGAUAAAGUCUCCUACAAGCUCUCGCAUUUCUCUGGGAAGGAAAGUCAAGUCUGUGAAAGAGACGAUGAGAAAACGCAUAUCCAAGAAAUACAGUAGUUCUCUCUCUGAACAGUCCAGUCCAGAUGUGAUCCCCAGCUCUCCUCAAUCUUCUCAGCCAGACACGGACUCCCUGGAAAAGCCCAAACUAAAGGCAGGAGGAUCUGUGGAGAGUCUGCGCAGCUCUCUCAGCGGACAGAGCUCCAUGAGUGGCCAGACAGUGAGCACUACAGACUCGUCUGCCAGUAACCGUGAGAGUGUGAAAUCCGAGGAUGGGGAUGAUGAAGAGCCGCCGUACAGAGGGCCUUUCUGUGGCAGAGCCAGAGUGCACACAGACUUCACUCCCAGCCCUUAUGAUACAGACUCACUCAAACUAAAGAGAGGAGACGUGAUCGACAUCAUCAGUAAGCCGCCCAUGGGCACGUGGAUGGGGCUACUCAACAACAAGGUCGGAACUUUCAAGUUUAUCUAUGUGGACGUCCUGGCAGAGGAGGAGGAGAAACCCAAACGCACCAUCAGGAGGAGGAGAAAGGGUCGAGCUCCAAAACCCAGCUCUGUAGAAGAGCUUUUAGAAAGGAUCAACCUAAAGGAGCACAUGCCUACAUUCUUGUUUAAUGGCUAUGAGGAUUUGGACACUUUUAAGCUGCUUGAAGAAGAGGAUCUAGAUGAGCUGAAUAUCAAAGACCCUCAACACAGAGCUGUACUACUCACUGCUGUAGAGUUACUACAGGAGUACGAUAGUAGCAGUGACCCCGAGCGCAGUGCCCUCUCUGGCUCCCAGGAAAAACUCCUCUGUGAGGGGAGGGGCUUGACAGCUAACUCCCCACGGGACUCUGGUUGCUAUGAAAGCAGCGAAAACCUGGAGAACGGUAAGCCUCGUAAAGCAUCUCGCUCAAGUCGUCGUUCUUCUGGCUUUGAAACUGGUCGAGUCCAGUCUUUGGAUUGCCCCACACUUCCCAUCAGCCGCUCCACUGAGGAGCUGCAGCAUCAGUCCAAGAAAGAACGCAAGUUCACCAAGCACUUUCUUCCCCGGCCUAUCAAGGGCUUCAACCUGCGCUCUCUAGGCCUGAGAAAAGGCCUUCGAUCAGGACCAAGGCAUCAAAUGCCAGCCAGUCGCAGCUGUGAGGAGCUUGAUGGGACUUCAGAUGCUCCAGAGAGCUGGAAACGGUCUCAUUCUCUGGGGGACAUACAGUGGCAGCACGCCUUUGACCAGAGAAAGAAGACAAGAAAUGAGACCCAAAAUGGUGGUGAAAGGCAAGAAGAGGCAAACUCUACAGUUAUCCAGUCUCAAAUCCAGUCCAGCCCUCAGAACAGUAGAGAAUCCUGGUUAGACUCAAAAACAGAAUUGUGUAGAGCCAACCAGGAUCAAGUAGAGAGACCUCUAGUGCCCACCCAGCUGCCUCUCAAGCCUUCAUGCUAUGCUCCAGAUAAACAGCCUGGCUUGUCCACAAGCAGCCCAGCUCCUCGUACUCACCCCAAAAAGCCUCCUGUGCCCCCUCCUGUUCCUGCCAAAAAGUCCAAAGAGCGCCUAGUAAAUGGGUUGCGACAUCCAUCUUUGGUCCUGCCAAGUUCUAGUCCAGGCACGCCAACCCUGUCUUAUAAACCCAUAAGCAGUCCUACUAGCCCCUCUGAAAGUAUUCCAUCCACUUCAGUGUCUCCGGAUGAUUCAGAGAAACCACCACCCUGGCUCUCUGACCUGCCCGAGUCUGCCUGCCCACAGAUUCAGGGAGUCAAGGUAGCCCUUGGCAGGAAGAUCUCCCAUGCCAAAAUGACUGAUUUGGGGACACUACUGGAGGAGAAGCUUGGCUCAGAAGGCAUCAAUCUUAUGGCAGAGCCUUACUCGGAUAAGCAUGGCCGCUGUGGUAUUCCUCAGCUCUUGGUGCAGAGAUACUCUGAGGACUUCCAGCAGCCACUGAAAGACGUGGCGUCCACUCUGGACCAGAUCAGAGUUAAGCAGCUGCGUAAGGAGCACCGCAUGGCUAUUCCCUCUGGAGGUUUGACGGACAUGAGUCGGAAGCCCAUGUCUCCAGUGCACUUAAGCUCCAUUUCUGAUUGGCUGGUGUCCAUUGGCAUGCCCAUGUAUUCCGACCUCCUACUGGCAGCAGGCUAUGACACGCUGGGCCAUUUGUCUGCUCUUACUGAGGCAGCAGUACGCAAGGCAGGGCUACAGGAGGAGAGACACAUCCGCCUAUUGCUCAGUGAAGCCCGGCUCGUUACAGCUAACGCUGGCGUGUCACAGUCUUAACAACACAUGCCUGCUUUAUGAACAGCCAUCGCUGCUGCCUGCGCUGAUCUGAUGAUGAAACGUCAGGUGAAUUUCCAGUGGCAAACCAAGUGCUGGAGUGGAAUGAGGAAUGAAACUGGGUUCUUUGUAGCAUUUCAUGAAAAAUAUCAUCAUCUACAUCUUCCAAGCAUUUGUUCUGUUUUUUUCUUUUCUGCAUUGCUGAUGUUUACAGAAAGGACUUCUGUGGCUUCCAUGAACUGUUAGUGGUGGACUUUCCAGCAGGGUCUUUGUAACAAUCUUUAAAGUUUUUGAGAUUUUGUAAAGAUUUAGGUUAACUCGUGACUGUUUUCUCCUGUUCUGAUGAGUGCUUGUUUGUAAGGAAGAAGAACAUUUUGUGCGUCUUCCAGCACAGUAAGAUGUUUUAGCCUGGCCAAAGUGAUGUCAUUUCCUGCAGGAUAAUAGGUUCACACACAACUUCUCAGCGCAUAGAUAUGAAUAUUGAAGGCUACAUCUUUGAUCAGUCCACUUUGGAAAGUUCAUUUAAUGUUCAAGCACAAUGUUGCUAUAUGGGAGUAUGAACUCUGAGUACUUGAUACUCAGAAUGAUGUGUGUUUUAUUUUAUUUGCCGGAGGGAAUAUAUUUGUAUAGUCCAUAAGCCAUUUCAGCUUACUCAGUGCCAAGUGAUUCAGUUGUAAAGCAUUGUAAAGCCUUUUGCCUUCACUUAGUUAAAGAAAAUAUUGUAUAUUCAGAUAGCAUUUAAUCUUCUAAUACACAGUAUCUAACAUUCAUUACUCAUCUGUUCUGGGAUAAAUCAUUUAUUACUGAAUCAUUUACAUAUCUUUAAGGUUUUUAUGUUGCCUUUGCCAUCAUCUUUGAUUGGGUGAUGCAGCAGUGAUAACUUGCUUGUAUUUAAUGUAUAUUUUUAGAAUUCUUAGAGCUUUGAGGAAAACCUCCCCAGCACUGUGGCAGUAUGUAAAUGCUGAUAUUUAAACUUGGUCCUUGAACAAUGUAAAGCACAGUCAGAAAAUUCUUAAUAAAUCCAAUGUAGAAAGGGCUCACAGAGGAACAGGGUCCUUCAUCCUCCUGUAGGUUAUUUGAGUUGAAAAAUAUCUUUGGGAAUCCAGUCCAGUGAAGGAGAUCUGCUAGGACAGAUGUAAAUGUUCAUACUUAAGACUCACGAGUCUCUACAUGACAAUGUUUGUCUUUUCAGUAACACUUGAACAUUUGUCUGUAUCUAUAGAGGUUUUUUUUUGGGUGAGAGAAAAACAGACAGAGAUGAAAGUAGGCUGGCAUGACUUUUAAUCCAAACACACAUCUGGCAUUGGAUGGGUAGAAACCCAUUAGUGAGGACUUAAAACCUCAAGGAAGCUUGUCUAAAUAAUGAAUAAGACACGAUGGGGUGUGAUGUUUUAGGAAAAUAGUCAGUGAUGCGGUGAUACGAUGUGACCCAACACAAAGCAGAGUUACUCUUACCUCCCUGAAAUUUUCUUUUCACAAAAACAGCACAAAAUAUUUGACUCUUCUUCUACUACAGCAAUUUGCCAAUGAUUACAAACUUUUCAUGAAAAGGAUUGUACUUUUUUAAAUCACUUUUUUUAGACUUAAUGUACCGUUUUCAUUAGCUAAAACAACUAUAAACCUUUUAAACGUUCCCUCACCAGACUCUUUUUUCCUCUCUCUCGAAAGUUAAUACAACAACAACAAAAAUAAGCAGCUUCUCAUGUUAAGAAAGUGCAGGAAAAAGACCUUCCAUGCCAGAUGUUUUACCUCUGACUGUUACAAAAACGCUAAAUAAACGUCUCCUUACAGAAAACGUCACCAAACAAUGACCGCACACAUUUUCUGACCUGUUUAAGUGAAGUGUCCGCCGUACGGGUUUCCUGUGAACGCGCUUCAUAACUUCGAUUUUCGCACACAAACACACUGUGGCACAUUUUGCGGCAAGAUGGAUUUUCUACACGCAAUGGGGUUUUUUUUGUAUCUAUUCCAGCACAAUUUACAAUUUACAUCAGGAUUACCUUGGCACCCAAUUUCAAAUUUAGCAUCUUAAAGAGGAGCAGAAAAUCAGAACAGAUGCCUUUUUAACAAUGCAAUCAUGGUAUUAUGGGCAGUUUUAUAAAAUGUAUAUAAAUAUUUCAUAAAAUGUUACUAAUUACUGUAAAAUGCACUUUAUAUUCAAGUAUAUACAGAUUAAAUGGAGCUUUUUUCAGGAAGAAGAAAUUAGUAAAUGUUAAAGUCCACAGACGGACAGUUACAUUCAGGUUUUAUGUGGAGGAUUGCAGUGGAUUAUGCUGGUUUAUAACUAAAGUGGUUUUUCCCUAGCAACAUUCAAUUAAUUAGAGAAUGAACCGUAAGAAGCUAAUUACUUCAAAUUGGUUUGAAAUUUCCUUAAAAUGAUUCUAAUUACAUAUAUGAAAUUGUGGACAUGUUGCACAUUCUGUAUAUGUAAUUGAUAUUUAAAUAACUUAUUUUUCUGUUUGUUUGUUUUUCAUAUCAAAUUAUUAGGU